CCAAUAACCAACACAUGGCCCACGUACGUACAUGUAUAUGCAUGCCUUAUGCAUGCUUAUGUACGUCCCCGGCCGGCCCUCACUAGCUGCAUGUCUGAUUUGUCUGUCGUUUAUUUUAACGAUUUGCUAUUUAUUAGAACAACAUGGCGAACGACCAUCGGGUAGAUGGACGUGGAAAGACGAAGCUAUCCAAGAAUCUGAUGCAAAUGAAGUUUAUGCAGCGCACUCAAGAGUCCAAUGUACAGAAAGAGCUUGAAGCAGAACAGAGACGCCGUAUUGAUGAAACUCACUGGUUUCUUGAUCUACCAGAGAUAACUGUCAAAGAGAGUAAUUUUGAUGUGGAACCAAGCUUUGCUGUCUGUGAAGAUCUUAAAUUUGGGCGGAUGUCAUACAAGGGAAUGAACCCUUCUAUUGAAAAAAUAAUGCGCAGCAUUGAGGCUGAAGAAUUGGAAGCUAUAUCUGAGCAGAGAGAAAGAGAAAUGACGGUGUCUGAUGAAGAAAUGGCCAGAAGAUAUAGCACAUUGGUUGGAACAAUUACUAAUAAAUUCACCAAGAAGCGCAACCGAACACAAGCUCUUGACGAACCACAGGAGAAGAGAGUCAAAAAAGAGUUCAGGAAACCGCCAGAUGAAUGAGUUCUGUGGCUAGGCUGGUAUUGAAAAAUGCUGAAUGUUCAAAUUGGACGGACUAGGCCCUGGCAAGCUACUGGUAGGAUGCUGACAGUCAAUGGACUCCAUGGACAAGCAACCUUUUCAUCUCUGAAACAUUGCACAUUUCUGUCAGUGAGAGAUAUUUUCACGAUAAGUAGUGUUUAUUAACUGAUCAAAAAUUGCAACUAGCCUUCGUACACCUGUGUUACAAGACUGCAAUGACCCUGUGUGCAUUUCACUUACACAAACUAUGCUAUUGUUUGCCAGCAUUUACAACCAUUGGAGCAAAGGUGACCAAAUGUUUGCCAUAAAUGUUGGCAAAUAUUAGCAACAAAAACAAACAACCUUCCUGACUCAUUCACCAUUGUUUUCUAAAAUAGCAAACCCACGCGCAGUGAGCGUCUUGCCCCACAUGGCUGAGAUUUGCCUUUAAUAUACAUUUCUCCAGAAUUUGUUAGAGAAUUGAGAAAACCUUCUGAUAAUAAUGCGAAGCAACACUGGGCUACACAUAUUCAAUGAUGAUAUUGUUCCACUUGAAGUUCGCAUGUUCAAACAGGUCUAGCUAAUGUUGGGGUUGACAUUUAUGUGUACAUGUAUUGUUUUCACACUAUGUUAAGUACAUGUCACGCUUGCAAUCCAUAAGUAAAUAAUGGAGGGCUAGCAAGUUGUCACACACAGGACAUAAGUUUCAUGUGCAUGUAUGUGUACUAAUUCUCUUAGGUUUCUGGUCACAGAACCUUUGUUCUAGUUGGUCAUGUUCCAGAGACUGUAAGCACACAGAAAGUUAACAUAAACUUCAGCAGGAAAACAUGGGGAAAAAAGUAGGAAUGUGUGCAUGUGCAGGCGGUAA